GUCAAACUGUCGCUCACUUAUGCUGUUUUUUUUGUCUCCACUAAUUGAAAUGUGUUUGUUUUGCAGCUGCGGGCGGAUGUGGUCCCAAAGACUGCAGAGAAUUUCCGUGCUUUGUGCACCGGAGAGAAAGGUUUUGGCUACAAGGGCUCCACGUUUCACCGCAUCAUCCCUAAAUUCAUGUGCCAGGGCGGGGACUUUACCAACCACAACGGAACGGGAGGCAAAUCCAUCUACGGGGAGAAGUUUGCUGAUGAGAACUUCCAGCUGAAGCACACGGGCAUUGGCACACUGUCCAUGGCUAACGCUGGGCCCAACACCAACGGAUCCCAGUUCUUCAUCUGCACGGCUACAACUGAGUGGCUGAACGGGAAGCACGUGGUGUUUGGCAACGUCGUGGAGGGCAUGGAUGUUGUCAAGGCAAUGGAUAAGCACGGCACAACCAGCGGCACUCCUAAAGCCAAGGUUGUUAUUGCCGACUGUGGCGAACUAAAAUAGUGCGACAAAGCUCCCUCAGUUGGGCCUGUUCACCUGUCAGAUGUGUCCUUUAUCGUCCCAGUGAAUCUUUGCGAUGGUGUAAACCUGCAGCAUCCGUAGAAAAACACACAACCAACUUUCUCCUCUAACAACGUUUGUCUGCUGUGUAAUAUUUUGUACCUUCUGAUCUGUUCUUUAAGGACCACAUUUGUUAACAAAAUCUGAAUAAAAUAAAAUGAUGGUGAUCGUGUAAAUAAAACAACCUGAAAGCUUA